GGUAGAUGGUGCCUAAUGUCGUCCAAUCACCAAACAGUUUGUUAGAUCGUGAAGCAGCUCGAUAGCGUUGGGCUGACGGUGUGGUGAAGGAAGGCUGUGCCAGCAUGGGUGUGUUAUCCACGCUGAUGAGGGGGCUGGUGCGAGGCGCUGACAGGAUGUCUGAGUUCACGAGCAAGCGUGGAUCAAGGACUCAUAAUAAAGGCAGGGGCGCCAGGCCCGCUGGACGGAAUCUCCCCAGCUCCAAGUUUCUAGCCAUUCGGGCCAUGAUUCCGGAGUUUGUGGUGCCUCCUUUGGAGGGAUUCAAACUCAGACCAUAUGUCUCAUACCGUGCCCCGAAAGGAACUGAACCUCCACUCACAGCACAGAGUCUGUUCAAUGAGGUUGUGGCUCCUCAGAUCAAACAGGACUUGGAAACAGGCACUUUCAGCAAAGACCAGCUAGUGAAGUAUGGAUUUGAGCCCACACAGGAGGGGAAGCUCUUCAAGCUCUAUCCAAAGAAUUUUGUACGUUAAUGAUGGAUUUCCAAAGACUCGCUGAUUCACUGGGGACUGAAAGCUGUAGAUCAACUGAUGAGAGCCCCUUCUAGAAAAUCAACUACAACAUAAACUGUUCAGGAAAAAGGCCUUGUCUUACAGGUUUUGUUAUUUGAUGACCUGGAAAAAUAAAACAAAAAGCAUGACUAAUACUGCACAACUGUCAGAUAUUCAUUAUAAUGGUUUGAGCUCCUGUGUUUUUUUUAAGUUAUGAGUCUUCACUGAGGGACUGGUGAUCUUGUUCAAGGCUAUGCAGACUAGCUACAUGUGACAUAUUUCAAAGUUAAACACAGUGGUAAUUAUUCUGUUACCACAUAAUAGUUUGCUUUAUUUUUCAGGCCAUUAAGUACCUAAAAUUGCACUUACCUGUACUCUGUCCACACGACUGGCUAAAAGUGAAUCAAUCCCCAUAGACUCAUAUUACAAUAAACAACAUUAAAAA